UAACCUUAAACAUGGUCCACCAUGCAAGCAGGCCAUAUUACUUUCCACUUCCCUGGAUCAAAAUCAAUUUUUACGGGAGACACUUUGUUCAGCUUAUCAUGUGGCAAGCUUUUUGAAGGAACUCCGCAGCAGAUGCUUUCUUCCCUGAGGAAGAUCACGUCGGUGCCAGAUGAUACAAAUAUAUAUUGUGGUCAUGAAUAUACAUUGAGUAAUUCUAAAUUCGCCCUGUCAUUAGAACCUGGGAAUGAAGAAUUGCAGUCUUAUGCUGCCUAUGUAGCCCAGCUCCGCAGCAAGGGCUUGCCGACGAUCCCGACUUCUCUAAGAAAGGAAAAGUCGUGCAAUCCAUUCCUUCGGACUUCAAGCAAAGUAAUACGUAAGUCAUUGAAUAUCCCUGACUCAGCAGAUGAUGUCGAAGCCUUGGGAGUCAUUCGCAAAGCCAAGGACAACUUUUAGGUUCAGCUCAGAAAUAUGGAUGACUUUAGGCAUAGCUUAGCCUUUGCGUAUACGUAAUAAGUUUGUCAGAUUCUUGCACACUCCGACUGUCGUUCGGAAUUUCCUUCGCCCUCUGCGUUUGAGUUUUGUAGAGCAUUGCAAUGAAAAAAAAUGUUUUUGGGUUUUCUCUUUGAUGUUGGAUUUAAUCCACUGAAGAAAUGAUGAGUGCUUUCUGUAUAGCUUCAUUGUACUAUCCUUGAUCACAAGUUAGUCAAGUCGUAUUCUUUUUCA